AUGAGCGCGGCCGAGCCCGGGGGUCCCGGGGGUCCCGGCGGCCCCGAGCCCCGCAAGGCGCGGGGCAGGCCCCGCCUGACGGACACGGACCGCGCGCGGCGGCGCCUGGAGUCGCGCAAGAAGUACGACGUGCGGCGCGUGUACCUGGGCGAGGCGCACGGGCCCUGGGUGGAGCUGCGGCGCCGCAGCGGAUGGAGCGACGCCAAGCUGGCGGCCUACCUGCUGGGGCUGGAGCGGGGCCAGCGCGCCGGCCGCCGCGG